CGUCCCUGCGCGCCCCUUCCCCCUCCCGGCGACUUCCUGAUUUGCAGAAGGUGCAGGAGCCGCAGCGGGCGGCCCCGGUCGCCGGAACUGAGGCCUCAGCUUUGGUGGCGGCGGGGGCGGCGACCGGCGGAGACGGGGGCGGCGGCGACGCCGCCCCUGCUGCUGUCACAGAAAGGCUCUGGUGGGUGGGGUGGGAGGCGGGGAAGCGCUGGGGGCGCAGCCGACAUGGGCCCGCCGCCGCCGCUGCCGCUGCCGCUGCCGCUGCCGUGAGCUGCCUUUUUCCCGGUGGGGCCACCGGCGUGGGCGGGGGCGGGCGACCCUCGCGCGGCGGGGCUGCGGGCUUCCAGGGCAGCGCGCGGGGCCGACGGACAGCCCCACACCGACAUGUAACCAUGGACUGCAGGACCAAGGCAAAUCCAGACAGAACCUUUGACUUGGUGUUGAAAGUGAAAUGUCAUGCCUCUGAAAAUGAAGAUCCUGUGGUAUUGUGGAAAUUCCCAGAGGACUUUGGAGACCAGGAAAUACUACAGAGUGUGCCAAAGUUCUGUUUUCCCUUUGACGUUGAAAGGGUGACUCAGAAUCAAGUUGGACAGCACUUUACCUUUGUACUGACAGACAUUGAAAGUAAGCAGAGAUUUGGAUUCUGCAGACUCACAUCAGGAGGCACAGUUUGUUUAUGCAUUCUUAGUUACCUUCCCUGGUUUGAAGUGUAUUACAAGCUUCUAAAUACUCUUGCAGAUUACUUGGCUAAGGAACUGGAAAAUGAUUUGAAUGAAACUCUCAAAUCACUGUAUAACCACCCAGUACCAAAGGCAAAUACUCCUGUCAACUUGAGUGUGAACCAAGAGAUAUUUAUUGCCUGUGAGCAAUUUCUGAAAGAUCAGCCCUCUCUAGUACCGCAUUCCUACUUCAUUACCCCUGAUGUAACUGGACUCCCAACAAUACCUGAGAGUAGAAAUCUUACAGAAUAUUUUGUUGCUGUGGAUGUGAACAACAUGCUGCAGCUGUAUGCCAGUAUGCUGCACGAAAGGCGCAUCGUGAUUACCUCGAGCAAAUUAAGCACUUUAACUGCCUGUAUCCAUGGAUCAGCUGCUCUCCUAUACCCAAUGUAUUGGCAACACAUAUACAUCCCAGUGCUUCCUCCACACCUGCUGGACUACUGCUGUGCCCCAAUGCCAUACCUGAUUGGAAUACACUCCAGCCUCAUAGAGAGAGUGAAAAAUAAAUCAUUGGAAGAUGUGGUUAUGUUAAAUGUUGAUACAAACACAUUAGAAUCACCAUUUAGUGACUUGAACAACCUACCAAGUGAUGUGGUCGCGGCCUUGAAAAAUAAACUGAAGAAGCAGUCUACAGCGACGGGUGAUGGAGUAGCUAGGGCCUUUCUUAGAGCACAGGCUGCUUUGUUUGGAUCCUACAGAGAUGCACUGAGAUACAGACCUGGUGAGCCCGUCACUUUCUGUGAGGAGAGUUUUGUAAAGCACCGCUCAAGCGUGAUGAAACACUUCCUGGAGACUGCAGUUAACCUCCAGCUUUUUAAACAGUUUAUCGAUGGUCGACUGGCAAAACUAAACACAGGAAGGGGUUUCUCUGACAUAUUUGAAGAAGAGAUCACUUCAGGUGGCUUUUGUGGAGGAAACCCAAGGUCAUAUCAACAAUGGGUGCAUACAGUCAAGAAAGGAGGUGCACUGUUCAACACAGCAGUGACCAAAGCAACCCCUGCUGUACGGACAGCAUAUAAAUUUGCAAAAAAUCAUGCAAAGCUGGGACUAAAGGAAGUGAAGAGUAAGCUAAAACACAAGGAAAAUGAAGAAGAUUAUGGGACCUGUUCUAGUUCUGUACAAUAUACACCAGUUUACAAAUUACACAAUGACAAGGGAGGAAACUCAGAAAAGCAUAAGAUUGCUCAUGCAUGCUUAAAAAGGCCUCUUAAGAGCCUUGAUGGUGCUCUAUAUGAUGAUGAUGACGAUGAUGACAUUGAAAGAGCAAGCAAGUUAUCUUCUGAAGACGGUGAAGAAGCUUCCGCUUAUCUUUAUGAAAGUGAUGACUCUGUUGAAACAAGAGUGAAGACUCCUUACUCAGGUGAAAUGGACUUACUAGGAGAGAUCCUUGAUACACUGAGCACACACAGCUCAGAUCAGGGGAAGCUGGCAGCUGCGAAGAGCUUGGAUUUCUUUAGAUCAAUGGAUGACAUUGAUUACAAACCUACGAAUACAUCUAAUGCUCCUAGUGAGAAUAAUCUGGCUCUCCUCUGUGGGGGUUCUGGUGACCAAGCAGAGUGGAAUCUUGGGCAGGAUGAUAGUGCCCUCCAUGGCAAACACCUCCCUCCAUCUCCCAGGAAGCGGGUUUCCUCUAGUGGUUUGACAGAUUCUCUAUUUAUUCUGCAAGAGGAAAACAGUGACAAGCACCUCAGUGCUGACAAUGUGAGUGACCCUACUUCAGGAUUGGAUUUCCAACUCACUUCCCCUGACGUUUCCCAGACUGAUAAAGGAAAAACCGAAAAGAGGGAAACAUUAAGCCAGAUUUCAGAUGAUCUGCUUAUACCUAGUCUUGGGCGGCAUUCAUCUACUUUUGUUCCCUGGGAGAAAGAAGGGAAAGAAGCCAAAGAGACUUCAGAAGAUAUUGGACUGCUCCAUGAAGUGGUGUCAUUAUGUCAUAUGACUUCUGACUUCCAACAAAGCUUGAACAUUUCAGACAAAAACACAAAUGGAAACCAAACUUAAAUCUUGCAUCCAAGCUUCUACGGAGACAUUUUGAGAUUGAAUGCAAUCUGCAUAAUAAACAGAAUUAUUUGUAGGAAUGGCAACUCUUACUAUUUAAUUUUUUUUUUUGCAUUUGGAACAUUUUCCUCACUUGUUCGUUUCAAGGAUAUAUGAAAUGCAUUGAUUUUUAAAUAUAAAGCAAAUUCUACUGUGCUUUUAAAUCAGGUACUAGUUUGUAUGUAUGUUAAAAGUACGUAUUGAACAUAAGGUUUCCCAGUGUUUGGUGCUUAAUGCCAUUCAUUUCAUUUAAAUUAACUUUGCAUCUGUAACCCAUGCACAUAACCAGUAGCUACUAUACUAAUCUGGUUGAGCAUGAACUGAUCACGAUAUCAAAACUUAUCAAAACUAGCCUGAAACUGAUGAAACGUUAACCCACUAAUUGCCUUAAUCUUAAAGCUGUAUUAAACAUACUUAAAUAAUGUAUGAAAGUAUGUGUAAAGUUUGAAGGAUAAGUUAUUAGUGUUCUGCAGAGCAAUAAUGCCUUUUUCGAUUCAUCAAAUCAAGGUCAAAAUUCAUCUUUUCAAGAUUAAAAAGCUCUAUUAUGGAAAUACGUAAUUUGCUAUAUAAAGCACUAUAGCCAUGUUUUCCAAAAAGUAUAAAAAUAUACGUUUACCUUUCAUUCAGUGAAAUAUAUGAAGUACUGAGUUACAAUGUGAAGUUAAUGACUUCUGUUUACAAAUGAGACACUUUAGAAAGUUUUCACAGUCUCUCUGUAUGCCUUUGCUAUUUAGGGGUCCACCCAAGAAAGCCAAAUACAACAAAAACUGGCCUGACCAAAAAAAAUUCUUUUUUUAACUAAUAAUCUCUAUCAGAAUGCUUUAUAUUAUCAUCUGAAAUUCACUUUUUAAAGUAAUUGACUUUAUAGUUUAGAAGUUUUAGAUUUACAGAAAAAUUGCAAAGAUAGUACAGAGAGUUCCCAUCUGUCCCUGUUAUUAUUAACAUCUUAAUAAUACAUUUGCCCCAAUUAACUAACCAAUAUUGAUAGUCCAUACUUUAUUCAGAUUUUCUUAGUUUUCUCCUAAUAUUCAUUUUCCACUUCAAGAUCCUAUUCAGAAUCCCACAUUAUAUUGAGUUGGAAUGUCUCCUUAGGCUCCUCUUGGCUGUGACAGUUUCUUAGAGUUUCCUUAUUUUUGAUGGCCUUGACAGCUUUGAAGAGUACUGUCAGAUGACUUGUAGACUGCUCCUCUCUUGGAGUUUGCUGGAUCUUUUUUUUUUUUCAUGAUUAGACUGGGAUUAUGGGUUUUGGGGAGAUGGUCACAGAAGUAAAGUGCCAUUUUCAUCUGGUCAGAUCUAGGGUACAUACUGUCAACAUGAUUUGUGAAUGCUGACACAGACCUUAAUAACCUGGCCGAGGUAGUGUUUGUGAUUCUAAAGUUAUUCCUGCCCUUUCCAUGCUGUAGUUUUUGGAAGGAAGUCACUACAUGCAGGAGUGAGGAAUCAUAAUUUCCCUUCUUUAGAGCAGAGAAGUAUCUACAUAAAUUAUUGUUAAUUCUUCUGUAUAGAAAAUUUGUUUCUUCUUUCUCAGAUUCACUGUUGAGCUUUGGAAUUCAUCUGAGAAAAAAUCAUUUACUGAUUACUUCAUGAUAGACAGAUAAACAGGUAUAAUCAGGGGAAGAAAGCAGUGAUAGUAUGGUUACAUUGUUAUUAGCAUUUUCAGUAUAUCCACUCUAUACAUCCCCAAUCAUCUUUUUUUUACAUUUAAGACUGUAUGUUCAAGAAAUCAUUGAAGAACCCCAAUAAGAUGACAUUCUAAAUAUUUAUUGAAAGAAUAUAAUUUCAGUUAAAAUCCUAGAAGAGGAUUUGAAAUAAUUUAAAGAAAAUUAUUUAAAAAUUAUUUAAAAUAUUUAAAAAUAAUUUAAAAAAUAUUUUAAAUAAUUUAAAAUAAUUUUUAAAAUAUUUUAAAUAAUUAAAAAUAUUUUAAUUAUUUUUUAAAAAUAAUUUAAAUAAUGACCAAGGUUUUUUAAACCUACAUUUCAAAAUCUAAAUGAAUAUGUGUUAUUUGGUAUACUUAUUCAUUAUGACUAUAUAAGAAGACAAGUCUUGUUUCCCUUUAUGGACUCUGUAUGCAUUAAGGAAAACAGUGUUUAAUCCCUAUUUUUUAAUACAGAAGACUCUAGGUUCUUGUCAAAUUUUGCCUUUAUAAGCUUAUUACAAAAUUCCAACUUACUUUACUGAAGUUUAUAAUGGAAGAAGUCCAUAUAUCAAAAGAGCUGUUUUAAAUCAGAAGGAAAGGAGAAAAGGUUACUCUGGUUGUUAAUCCGCUUGGCAAAUAUUCCUUCAUGAUUUGUGAAAAGAAUGUAAAUCAGCCUUUUAAUAUGACUUUUGAAAUGAGGUAUGGUAUUUUGUGUUUUUUUUCAGAACUCAGAAGAAUAACUGUGAGUAUAGCAUAAGGGCAAAUCUGGUUUUUAGUCCAUUUGCUUAAUCAACAACAUAGCUUCAGAAAUCUAAAUUUUGUUCUACCUUUCAGCCACCUUUCAAGGUGUUUGGUUACAAUACUCUUGUUUUGGGGAUAUUUAGCCACUCCUUAGUAAGAUAAUGUCUUGAGGUAUUUAAAAGUGAUUUGUGCCUUUUUUUAAUGCAAAAUUAGCUGUUUUAUUCUGUGUUAAAAACAAAAAACAUCCAGAAGAAUACUAGCAAGUAUUUGUAUUUCAAACCAGUAAAAUUUUGAAUAUUCAAAGUCUGCUCUUAAAAUUGGACUUUCUAGUAUUAUGGUGGAUAUAGUGAGAAUAAAGUGAAAUUGGGGUGAGUUCUGAAAUAAACAAAAAUUGUUAUCUUAUAUUCUACAGUGCCCAUAUUUUCUAUGGUAACUAAACCAAAUAUUUGUAAGCUCAUCUGCUAUUUGAAAUUAUUUUUCAAAGAAGCAACACCUGUUAUUCAACAGAAUCGUAUAAACUAAAAAGACUUUUGGCCUUGGUUCAUAGUCUUUAUCUGGCCUGUAAUGGAGUCAUGGCUCUUUCAGAAUCCCACUCUGACUUUUAUUUUUUUACCCUUAGAUAGUGCAUCCGUGGUAUUUCAGGGGUAUAGAGAAAUAGUAUAUGAAUUUAGCAGCUAUUUAUUUUAAGUGAAAAUAUUACCAAAUGGUAUAUUUAGAUGAUUACCUACUUUAACGUGUCUUAGAAAGGCACCAAAAUAUAGCAUGAUUAUUUUUUCAGUUAAUUAAAAUUAGAUAACAUAUUCAUUUAAAAACUAUUCAUUGACUUUCAUACCAGUUAUAUGCAGGAUACAGUAGCUGAGGAUGUGGGGAAAUAAAAUAACUGACGUAGUCACUGCUCUGAAGGAACAAAUUAAAAGGAAAAGGAAUUGCAAAUUUUUAUUAAAAUAAUAAUAAUAAUGCACUUUGCCUGGAAGUUAUUUGCUGAGAUUCUAACACACACACAAAAUGGUUUUAAAAAAAAUCUAGCUGCUUAAUUUAAAGCAUGCUCUAAGUAUGAACCCUAGUAUCAUUUCUAAUUUUAUUAACCUUCUCAAUCAUUAUGCUAAAUAUUAUGCUGCUAAGAUAUCCACAUUUAAAGGGCAGAUUCAGAGACUCUUUUAGAAGCUGAGUGUCUUAUUAUUAAUCUUAUUAACAGAUAAACAGGCAGCACAGGGCUCUCUAUAAUGAAAUUGUGCUCCUUUUCAAUAUUUAGAGCCACUGUACUCAGUUUAGGAGUAACUGAAGGUGUGGAUGCAUGUUAAUGGGAAUCCAAUUUUUACUAUUUUUAUAUGAAUAACAGCGUUCUGUAGAAACAGUCCCUCCCUUUUAAAUAAAAACUGUGACUGCUGUUACUAGAGCUAUUCUAUGCUAAUAUCCUAACAAUAGGAUUCAGGAAUUCUAAUGAAUUAGUUCUUUUUUAAUUAAGGUGAGCAACUAGAUUUCCUGAUCAACAGGAGAACACUGUGAAUGUCUCAGUCGAUAGACUUUCAUUGUCUUGUAGAAAAUUUGGAUUUUUCAGGAAAAGAUUCAUUAUUUUCAUGAAUAAAUUUUCUUAUACCAAUUCUGUUUUGUUUGGCAUAAAAGACCCUGAAUCUUAAGAUAUUUGUAAAUCAGAAUAUUUAAGAAUGUUAAACGAAUCCCAAAAUCUAGUUUUCUCCAAAGUACUUCUUAAUUUAGGAAAUAGUUUUUACAAACCCUAUGUCAGUACUAAUGUCUCUUUCCUGGGUUAAGCCAAGUAAUAUUGUUAGUGUAUGUUUCUUAAACCUUAAGAGGCAGACUGGUUUUGAGCAAGCCAGUUAACAUGAUUUGAGGAAGAAAUAAGAAAUUAUGUACAUUUAGACAGAAGAAUAUUUUAUUUUGAAAAUAAUAGGAUUUUGUGCAAUAUUUUUUUCUUGCAUAACUUAGUUCAUAAAAAUAUGUACAUCUGGUUUUCUGGCAGAUGCCUUAAGGUCAUGUUUUUCAGUAUUUGAGUAAAUCUGUAUGUAGCAAUGUUCUUAUUGAUUUUAGGAAAAAUAUAUUCUUUAUAUUGUUGCCAGGAGAAAUGCUUUUGUUUAUUUAAAAUUAUUAUGGAUAUUGUGUUAUUGUAUCAUAACUAACUGCCUCAGCAACAAUAAAUAUGCAAUAAGAAAAUCCUGUACCUUAGAUUAGUAUUGAUGAUACUGUUACUUUAAAAGAAAUAUAUACGGUACAAAUUGCUGAUUCUACAUGUGUACAUUUAACAGAUACUCACUUCUGCACCACCUAAAUUAAAAUGGCAUUUGUAUGGUGAGUCCACAUAUGUAGAUUGUAUUAUCCUUUGUGAUGAAUAUUUGAUAAGAUUUAUAAAGGGCAUUGCCAAUACUUUCUGACUGUGUAAAUUAAGUUAAUUUUUUGUAUGAUGUACAGUUUGUUUAACCUUAGAGCUUCUAUAGAUUUCUACUUUUAUUAUACUUGAAUGAGGCAGAAAAGCACUGUGGAAAAUAUGUAGCUCUGGAUGCAAUAUGCAAACAUACCAAAAAAUAUAUAAAUAAACAAAACAAGGUACGGAAGAGCAAUGUUAACAGAAUGCUUUAUAUCCAGAAUGCUAUGUUUUUUUUUCAAGCCACAUUUCAGUUGAAGUUAUAUAAUCUUUUAUUUUAAAAUGUUGGAAAGUUACAAAUGAUUACCUCUUUGAUAUGAUGAACCUAUAAAUCUAUUCAUGUCUGUGUUACUUCAUUUCUCAAAUGUGAGCCUUGUUGAAGUCCAUAAUCCAAUCUACCUUUAGUUGAUUUUAUGAUGUUUAGGACAAAGCAAAGUUUAAAAACUGUGCAUGUUAAAUGCAUCACAUGUCAAGUGACCAUCCUUCAGGCAGUGUAACUUCCAUAAGGUUAUUUUGAGAACCACUUAAUAAUCAUAUUUGGAAAACUGGAUUUCUUGAGUCUGUUACAAUUUAGUACUUAUAGCAGUGCCUAAAACAGCAACAAAUAUGAACUGCAUGAGUCCUAGAACUUAAAAUGCAUAAUGCUUUCUUAUGUAAAAACCACAGGAGGGAUUCAAAAUUGAACUCUUCCAAAGUGUAUUUCUCUUGCUUUAGAUGAACUAUUUGAAAGGACUGAAAAGCCUGAGCUUUUUGCUCAUCUUGGUAGCAGGUGCCUGUAAAAACCUACCCAGAUCUGUGAUUUACUUCAUUGUUCUUGCAUCCUUGAGGCUACAGUGUAAAUCAUCUCCAGACUUGACUACUGCUGGGAAGACGUAUAUGAAAGCAUCGCUUUGGGAAUUUUUUAAAAAAUAUGCAAAUAAAAAUAUUGAAUAAACUCUACAUUACCAUAAAGCUCCCUACAAUGCAGUUCUAAAAUAAAAUUGGUCACAAUCUAAA